AUGGCGGCUGAGACUGACGAUAUGAAACAUAAUUUAAAGUUUGCAUUUGCAAAUGCUACACAUUCUUUGUGUUUCACAAAUGAAUGGUUUUCAAAUUCUGUAAAACUUUUACCAUUUCGGAUAAAAAGAAGCAAUGCUACAGUUGGAGGCGAUGGAGCAAUGUUCUCAAGAGCAUUUUGUGAUACGGAACUGCACAAUGUCGAGUACUUGUUCGGGGAUAUAUUUCAGCAUGGUAUUUCCUUGGUCACAAAGUAUUUGACCCAAGAAACGUUACCAGAUGACAAGACAGAUAGACUCUUACUCCGAAAACUUUUAGAUAUCAAAAAGGAAGGUAAGAGUAUAAAUCUUGAUCCACAGAAGUUAACAGAAACAGAACUUGCUGUGCUUUUGCCAAAUCAUCUUUUUGGAAAACUUGCAACUUACAACAACUACGUUAUUGACAAAUCUUUUGGCCGCAAAGGAGAUGAGCAGUGUGUUUGUGAUGAUAAGUCUUGCAAGAUGACAGGUCAUUAUGGGGAUACAAGUGUAGGAAAUAUUGAAGUUUGGCAUGGGAAUUUAGAUAUCAUUAUCAACAAUGAUUUGAGCAUGGAACACUUGGAAACCCCAGUCAGUAGAUCUGAAGAAAUGUCUCCUGCUGAAGUGAAAGUGAAAUCAGAAGCCCUGUCAGGAACUGCACAAAUUAUAUCAAAAGCCAUCGUAUUUUCAUUUCUGCAGAAACAGACUCAUCCGGUGAGAAAACAUUUUUUAACUCCAUGUUUAGGAGUUGGAAAUUCCUCAUUGAUUGUCAUGUUCUAUGAUUCAGAACAUGAUGUCAUCUUUGAAAGUUCUCCCAUACCAUUAUUUCAAAAACGUGGAGUGAAUAAAUAUGAAUUUGAUGAUGUUGCCAUUUUAGUUGCAUGGCUUUCAGUCAAUCACAAAUUUCUGUGUUCAGGUUUGACAGAGGAGAUGAAAAAAUUCAAAUGUGGAUUUUUUAAAGAGGUGAAAGAAAAGUUGAAAGUGUAUGAGGACAAUUUACAACUUGGAAAUAUUGCCAGUUUUGUUCCAGUGCCUAUUUUUCAGAAAAGAUCUUUACAAUGGAGUUCAUUUAUAGAAGAGACUGAAAAUGAUUUGAUUGGAAUAAUUCACAGAGAAAAGAAAAAAUUAAAACUUUCAGAGGAGAAGGACCUAACAAAAUGAGGACAAGUUAUAAUUAAGUUUUGACCCUAUUCAUGUACAGUACAUCUUUCUGUUAUUAAAACUGUUUAACAAUUCAUGCAAUGAAAUUUAUUCCCAUUGUUGUACAGGAGAUGUACUUAAGGCACUAAUUAUUUAAACAGAAAUCUCCAGAAUAAAGAAUAAAGUAAAUCAAAAUACCA